CAAUCAUGUCGGAUCCGAACCGGUCGAAGGAAAUCUCCGAAGAGCCUCCAAUGUCGAGGCUUUUCAUUAUUUGCGGUAAACAGAUAACGAAGGAACAGCUGAUGAACCAUUUCGAGCCGGACGGAACGAUUGAGGAGUGUGUUGUGAUAACGGACCGCAAAACGGGCCAAGGAAAGGGAGUUGCUUACGUAAAGUUCUCGAAAACGUCCUCGGCUGCUCGAGGUCUAAGGAAAAACGGUACCAUCGUGGAAGGUGAUACACGGCCCAUAAAAGUGAUGAUUUCUGCAAGCUACAAUCGUGAUAAGCAUAAUGACACAUCAGCGGAUGUCAACGAAAACCAUUUCCUGCGCUUAUUUGCAAUCGUACCAAGCAACCGUACGGAGGAACAGCUGAAGGAAGAGUUCGGUUGUCACGGGACGGUAACACAGGUUCGCCUAGUGCCGGAUAAAAAGAACGACAAACAGUGUGCAGCGUAUAUUAAGUUCACCUCCUUCCUCGAAACGGCACUGGCUAUCGAAAACUGUAAUCCUCAGUACAAAGCAAAAUUUUGUGUCCCGCGCAGUAAGCUUCAGCAGGAGCGAGAACAAAAAGGACAAGCGCCGGUAGAUUCGGUCAGUAGGAAGCGUACACAUUCACCUGAUCGAUUAUCGACCGUUCGGGGCGACACGAAACUGGUUGUAAUCUGCAGUACUCAGCUUAAUCAGGACAGACUGUGGCGUUUGUUUGAUAUCUGUCCCGGGAUGAAGUACUGCACCAUUAUCACGGCAAAUGAAAUAAACAUAACAGCAGCAGCAGUCUACUCUAGUCGCGAAGAAGCACAACGGGCGGUUGAUAAAAUACACGGCCUAGAGUAUCCGAUCGGAGAACGGAUAAUCGUACGAUUUGAGGAAGAAUUCAAAGAGGAAAUCAUUACGAAGGAUGCCUUAUCGCAGUUCGGUCCACCGAAACCACUCGUGUCCGAGCUAGUGCAAUGCGUCAAGAAAGCAUUCUUCAUCUGUAUGCCCGAGGCGGUCUCGGUUAAACUCCUCACCGAUGCAUUUUGUCGCUUCGGUGAUCUUAUCAAAGUGUACCUCGUACCGGGCAAAAGGCAUGGGUACGCCGAGUUUGCAAGCGAUAUAGCGGCGAAUCGUGCCAUUCAACAGCUGCACGGCAUGCAGCUGGGCGACUGUCGGCUAAAGGUGCUGGAAUGUGCCGAAUACACGGGAGAAAACAAGCGGAACAGGAUGGAACAUUAGCCAAGAGGAAAAAUCGUUUCCCAUGGGUAUGUAAUCAUGAGGUUUUAAACCAGAAUUGCAAGACAAAUUGUUGGAGAAUACACAACAACGAACUAAC